AUGUUUAAGGUAAUCUUCACCGAUAAAGAUGAGAGUUGCAUCACGAAGUGGAAAGUUAAGGAAGGAGGUCGGUGUAGCAGCAAUGCUGUUCUGUGUGAAUAUAAAAAUCCUAAAUCAUCCAAAUCUUUGAAAAUAAUGAGUGAAUUCCCAGGAUCUAUUGAGAAAAUAUUGAAAAAGGAAAAUGAAUCAGUUCGAUACGGGGAUGUGCUGGCUUUGGUUGAAAGUUGCAAACAUGAAACAGUAUGGAGAAAUAUGUGCGCUGACUGUGGAACUGAUUUGAAUGAGAAGAAAACCAUCUCAUCUGCAUUUGUUGCUAUGGAACACACCAUUCCAGAUCUGCUUGUUUCAGAAAAAAGUGCUCAUGAACUGGGAAAGGUAGAUGAAAGAAGGCUGUUGAAAAAUCGACGUUUGGUUCUGCUAGUUGACCUCGAUCAAACGAUUAUCCACACCACGAACGAUAACAUUCCUCCUAACCUAAAAGAUGUUUAUCAUUUCCAAUUGAAUCAUGGGCCCAACAAUAAGCUCUGGUGGUAUCACACGAAAUUCAGACCGUACACUAAAAAGUUUCUUGAUAAAAUUUCAAAGUACUACGAACUUCACAUCUGCACAUUCGGCAUCAGACCGUACGCUCAUGCAAUAGUUAAUUUAUUGGAUCCUGACAAAAAGUACUUCCAGAACAGAAUAUUGUCCAGAGAUGAAUGUUUUCAUGCAAGUUUGAAAACUCUCAACCUCAAAGCCUUGUUUCCAUGUGGUGACUCAAUGGUGUGCAUAAUCGAUGAUCGGGAAGAUGUGUGGGGCUCAGCACCGAACAUGAUCCGCGUCAAACCUUACAUCUUCUUCCAAGGCACUGCAGACAUCAACGCACCUCCAGAACUCAGUAAGUCUUCAUCAAACAGAAGAUCAAAGAUCGCACCAAUCUCUAGGAAAGAAAAAAUUAUAAAAGUUCCUAUUUUACCUAAAGAUGAAGCAAAUGUGCCUGAUACAAAUAAGAACGCUAAUAAGAUAGUACAGGAUGUAAAAAAAGAUGACGAUUGCAUGGCGGAGGAUGAUGGUGUUGUAAUUAAUACAAAGUCCGAAUCUGCUAGUAAUAAAAAUGUUGAUUCGGAAACAGAUGUCACAAAAACAAACGUUGAUUCAAAAGAAAAUUCAGAUAAAGUUCAGUGUUCCUACAGAGAAAUUGUUGAAUGGGAGGAUGAGGACGACUAUCUCUUACACUUACAAACAAUCCUGCUCAGGAUACACGAGGAAUUUUAUAAAUCCUACGAUGCAGCAACAAAAACAGAUGCAAGUAGUUCUGGUUUAAAUUUAAAAGAACUUAUUCCUCUAGAAAAGAAAAAAGUGUUGAAAGGUUGUAACAUUUUAUUCAGUGGUAUUUUGCCGUUGAAUCAGUCAAUUGAAGUUAGCUGGGUUUAUGUUAUGGCUACAAAUUUUGGGGCAUCUGUUCAGAAGGAUUUUGCAGAAGGGCGAAAUAGGACAACGCAUGUUAUUGCCGCCAAAGAAGGAACAGAAAAAGUUAGAAAAGCACUUGAACGUGGUAUCCACGUAGUCAACGUUAAUUGGUUGUUUCAAUGUACGGAGAGAUGGGAAAGAGUUGACGAAGCGUUAUUCCCAUUAUCAGAUGCAAAAAAUUUUUCUCAAAAAUUUUUUCAAGUUAACGACAAUCUAAAAUCAAAGGAUGAUGUUAAAGUAAAGCCAAUCCAAGUUAAAACAAAUAUGGAAAUGUUAACUGAAACUGAGAAAGAUGCGAUGUUAGAUGAAAUAGAUGAUUAUUUAAAUGACGACAAUGAAGAUGAUGAGAAUGACGACGACGAUAAAGAAAAAGAUGAUGAUGCUGCUAAAGAAGAUGAUGAUGAUAAUAAUAAUAAGAAGGAUAAUAGUAAUGGUGCCUCAAAAAAUGUUAAUAGUUUACUCGGGAGUGGAUCAAAGGAUAUUAAAGAAGAAGAAGAGGAUCUUGAAGAGAAACUAGCCGACGAAAAGUUGAAGAGAAAAGUUUUAAAAUGUUUCGAUAGUCGCGAUGAUUGCAGUUCAAGCUCUGACAGUUAUGAUAACGAAUACUCCAAUGAAGAUCGAUUACAUGUAAAUAAAAAAUGUAAAUUUGAGCUUGAGAGUGAAGGGAACAUUUCUCAAAUUGGCGAAGUCAGCAGUGACGACUCAUUUUUUGGCAACAUCAGCGAUUCUGAUUCAGACGACGUAGUUAAUGAGGAUUUAACUUAA